CUUCAUCUUCUCCAGCAGCCCCGCGGUGUGUGUCCUCCCCAGGCGGUGUGUGUCCUCCCCCCGCGGUGUGUGUCCUCCCCCGGCGGUGUGUGUCCUCCUCGCCAUGGGAAACUGCCUGACGGUGGGGCCGAACGAGGCGCUGGUGGUCUCCGGUGGGUGUCUGGGCUCGGAUGUGAAGACCUACAUCGUGGGCGGCUGGGCCUGGGCCUGGUGGCUGCUGUCCGACGCACAGAGGUUGAGCCUGGAGAUCAUGACCCUGAAGCCUCGCUGUGAAGACGUGGAGACGGCAGAGGGCGUGGCCAUCACCGUGACGGGGGUGGCUCAGGUGAAGGUGAUGACGGAGCAGGACCUGCUGGCCGUGGCCUGUGAGCAGUUCCUGGGGAAGUCGGUGCUGGAGAUCAAGGCGGUGCUGCUGCACACGCUGGAGGGACACCUGCGCUCCAUCCUGGGUACUCUGACGGUGGAGCAGAUCUACCGGGACCGGGACCAGUUUGCCAAGCUGGUGCGGGACGUGGCGGCUCCCGACGUGGGCCGGAUGGGCAUCGAGAUCCUCAGCUUCACCAUCAAGGACGUCUACGAUAAGCUGGACUACCUGAGCUCCCUGGGGAAGACCCAGAUCGCGGCUGUCCGGAGGGACGCCGACAUCGGCGUGGCCGAGGCAGAGAGGGAUGCUGGGAUACGGGAAGCCGAGUGCAAGAAGGAGAUGAUGGACAUGAAGUUCCAGGCCGACACCAAGAUGGCCGACUCCAAAAGAGAGCUGGAGCUGGAGAAGGCGGCGUUCAACCAGGAGAUCAACACCAAGAAAGCCGAGGCGCAGCUGGCCUACGAGCUGCAGGCGGCCAAGGAGCAGCAGAAGAUCCGGCUGGAGGAGCUGGAGAUCCAGGUGGUCCAGAGGAGGAAGGAGAUCACCGUGGAGGAGAAGGAGAUCUCCCGCACCGACAAGGAGCUGAUCGCCACGGUGAAGCGCCCGGCCGAGGCCGAGGCCUACCGCAUGCAGCAGCUGGCCGAGGGGCUCAAGAUGAAGACGGUGCUGAUCGCUCAGGCGGAGGCGGAGAAGAUCCGCAGGAUCGGCCAGGCGGAGGCGUCCUCCCUGGAGGCCGUGGGGAAGGCCGAGGCCGAGAAGAUGAGGCUGAAGGCCGAAGCCUACCAGCAGUACGGAGACGCCGCCAAGACCGCCCUGGUCCUGGAGGCCCUGCCCAAGAUCGCCUCCAAGGUGGCCGCUCCGCUGGCGAGGACCAAUGAGAUCGUGAUUCUGAGCGGGGAGGGCAGCCGAGUGACGGGAGAGGUCAACCGCCUGCUGGCCGAACUUCCUGUCUCUGUCAACGCGCUGACCGGGGUGGAUCUGUCAAAGAUGCCGCUGCUGCAGCAGAUGAAGUCGUCCUAAUCGCCAUCGGCCAAGACUCCACGUGACUCCAGUCUCUGUUAUGCACUCUCAUAGACUGCCUUUACACUUGAAGGUUCUGUUGUUUUAUAUCUAUACUCUGUAUACCAAGUGAAUUCUGGAAGCCUCUGGUGCCUUACUUUAUACAGGACCAGAACAUCUGCAUGCACUGCUGCUCAAACAUCUCUUCUUUUCUUCCUGUCGGCUCGUUCAGUGGAGCAGCUCGUCACAUUCUAUUGAAUUUAUUUAUUUCUGUUCAGUGGAGCAGCUCGUCAGACUCUAUUGAAUUUAUUUAUUUCUGUUCAGUGGAGCAGCUCGUCACAUUCUAUUGAAUUUAUUUAUUUCUGUUCAGUGGAGCAGCUCGUCAGACUCUGUUGGUUUCAUUUCUGUCUGGUGCAGCUGCAUGUUGAGACUCUAUUGAUUUUAUUUCUCUGUUCAGUAGAGCGGCUCAUCACAUUCUAUUAGUUUUAUGUCUAUGGUCCACUGAGGACCUGCUCUUCUGUCACUGUUCCACCCUGCAUGUUGGGACCUGUUCUACUGAUCCCUGUGCAUUCCGUGGGUUCCUCUGGGUUCCUCUGGGUUCCUC